UCUUUACCGAGUCUACCGAAGCAGCACUAAAGAAUUCUAGUCCUUUUAAAACUCAAAUACAGAGAAAUACUGCUGAAAAAAUGGUGAGUUCGUCUACGAUCUCGCCUGCCAAAGGUCGGCCUACGAUUUUCGGGAAUGUCUGUGAGAAAAACAUCGCUUUUCUGAUUGAUACAUCAGGCUCUAUGUAUCAUAGCUUAGAUGUUGUUAAAGAACAUUUACUAGAGACUCUGAUAUCGCGAUCAACCUCAGGGAGAGAUACCAUGUUUAAUGUUAUAAGUUUUGAUGAAAAUGUUAGCAAAUGGGCUGAUCGUUUAGUUCGGUGUACGCCAAGGACAGUGAGCUCUGCGAGUCAAUGGAUCCAUGGGUUAAAAUGUGGUACAAGCACCAAUACGAUGGAAGCAUUGCUACAAGCUUACGAAGAUGAUGGCCUUGAUGCCAUUUAUCUAGUUACUGACGGCUUACCUGAUCAAAGAACUUCUGUAAUACUAGAAAAUAUCCAUAGAGUACACAAAGGAAGACCUGUACAUGCGACGUACAUAACGGGAAUGCAUUCUGAUCCUGCAGCAAUGGAGUUCCUUGAAAGCCUUGCACGAGAAACGAAAGGAUCUUUACAUAUUAUAAGCUUGACACUCACUGGAGCUAUAAAGAAAGUCACUCCAGUUUACAAUGAAAAAACUCAGUAUAGUAGAAAUUAUGAGGGGAGUUUUUUAGACCACAUACACGAAAGGCCUUCCUCUGCUUCCCCUAGUACAGGAUUGGUCUCUUCUAGUUAUGAUCCUCUAAACAGUGUAAGGAUUUUACACGCACCACAUGGUCCAGUCCCUAUCCCAUAUGUACAGAACACUCACUAUCGGUUUGAUAAACCUAGGGGGUAUUCCAAGAUAUUAGAUUAUGCCGACUCUGUUUUAGCUUCGAGAGGACUUUCACAGUUUGUUUCAAGGGCGGUUAGCUCAGUACCAGUAGCUGCAUCUAUCAUAAAGGGGACUACAUUUUUAGCAAGGAGAGAAGCUGAUGGUUUGUUCUACUUGGCCACUGUCAAGGAACAGGCUACCAAUGAGAAUUUUAUCCUGGAUUUCCACAAGUGUCCAGCUCUUAAGCAACCAUUUGUCCAAGAGACACCAUUAUUUGACUGCAUUGCCAUAAAAGAUGCAAUAAGACAGCCUGUAUGUAUUGGAGAUAAAGUACUAGCUCCAUGGCAACCAGAUGGUCGCUAUGGACCUGGGACUGUUCUCGAUGGUGUUGACAGAAGAGAGGACCAGCCCUCACCACCAGGCUUUGAGCAAAUUGAUGGUGGUAACCUUUUAGUGGCGUUUUUCAACGGCGAGACGAAGGAGGUGGCCCCUGGUGUUUCUGUACGCAUACCACUAAAGGUAUUCAACAGMUUAGUCACAGAACUCCAGCUACCAGAAAGUCAAAGGAGGCAAAUACGACUAGCUUCAAAAACCACGACACCAGAUUACAAUGGUAUUUCACCUCCUCCUGAAACUACUUGGGAACGACGAUUUUCACCGCCAAAAGCAAGUAAAAAACCCGUCCUAGAAGACAGUGAUGCGUUACUCAAAGCAAAGAUUGAAUAUCAGCUCCAGAGGAAUAGCCAUUUAUUAGGUGACAUGCGCAUGAAGAGAAAAACUGAGCGAGCCAAUGAGAGUGGAGUUUUAGAUCGGAUGGGUAUGUCAGGAAAAAGUGUUCAAUUUGAAGACAGUGGAGAAGUUGAGAUCGAGGACAGGUAUUAUCGAUCGUAUGCAGACCGCGAAACAAUUCCCUUUAAAGAAAAAGUAGAGAAAACUGAUGUUGGCAUUGGUACAGAAGAAAGAGAUUUUAACAAGUACGUUGGUCGUACCGUACAAGUAGGUGUACCAGUGGCUAAAGCUGGUGGAAAGCCAGAGAAAAAGAAGCGCUGGCGAACAUGGAGCUCGGGAGUCGCCCCAAGGCCUCCCAGGUUUCGCGACACGAUGUUAUCCAAACCGGCUGAAGCAAAGGAUGACAAGGUACCAAGACCGAGCCAUCAGGAAUACCAAACAGUCGAUGGUGUAGCGUUUCCAAGUGGUACAGAUAAAAAGUUUUCAUCAGUAUCAUGGCAUCCUUACCGUGGACAUUCUCUAGAAGAACAGAAACCAAGCAGAGAACAAACUGAACCACGUCUAAAGCAUCACGAGUACAAGUCUUCAACUGGUGUUCCUUUUCCACCCGCGGCAGAUCGUAAGUUUGUAGCAGGAGCUAAUCCAAAUUGGAGUCCAGACAAUGUUGGUAAUAUUACUGUUAAGAGAUCAACGUGCUGGGAAGAUGGUCUUGGUGAAGCCGACAGGGGCGCAGUAUUGAAAGGAAAACAAAAGAUUGAGAGAAAAAGGCAUGUUGCUGAGCAGUACAAUGAAAGAAUAAGGAAAGAUGUCAUCGAGAAAGAAACGAAAGAAUCAGAAAGACUUGAAAACCAGAGAAACAAAACCCUUGAACGUAAUAACCGAAUAGCUGAAGACGUAGGGAGAAAAGACAUGAAAAGAUCAGCAAAAUUCGAGUUUCAAAAACAAAGCAGCCAAAAAGCGCGCGAAAAUGAAGCUAAUAAGGAAUCGCAGGCCGAAACGCGGGAAGGCGAACGCAGGGCCGCGAUGAAAAAUCGAACACAUCAGCAUCAGAAGAUGGAGCAAAGCUUCGAAAAAGCCGCUCAAGAAUACAACCAACAAAGAGAGGAUGGUCUGAAGGAACGCGAGCAAAAACGAUAUGAAGCCCAUCACAACAGAUUGGUCAGUGAAAGACAGUCAGCCGAUCUUCGAGAACAACGGUUGAAAGUCCAGGCAAAAGCGCGCGAUAGUAAAUUUGAAAAAAUCAAAUCAGAUUCUSAAAGAUAUAAACAAAUGAGACUCACUAUUAAGAAACAGAAUCACGACAAGUACGUGGCGAGUGUUCUUUAGCAGAUCGUGCGGCGUACUGCGCAAGACAGAAAAGCGUUGCUAGCCUAACAGGAAAAUACAAACGCUUGAAAGAUGGCACAAAUUGCAGCCUUAAAAAGUGCAUAAUAAUUGUUUACAAAGAAAAAUUGAAAAUUAAAAAAAAUCAAAAUCGUGCUGCAACACGCAUAGACACAAAGAUAAGAGAAUAGGAUUGUUUGUGCUAAAAUACUGCCUCAGAACGCUGGAAAGCGCAUCUGGAGAGUUUAAGAUUGUAAAAUUUUCCGGGGGAGCAUGCCACCGGGUCCCCCUACCAUGCAAUCGCCUUCGGCGGUUGCUAGCACCCCUACUGUUUCGGCCCUAGUCUCCCUCGCAUCCGUUUUUAUUGUCGGUCGUCACGGAGCGUUGCGUGACGACCGACACUAAAAACGGAUGCGAGGGAGACUAUUUCGGCCCCUGUAGACAGCAAAUUAGCCAUCACAAAGAUAGAAUACACCUUUUGCUGUUCAUUAACCGCAAAGGAAUAUUCAUU